AUGGAACCAGAACUGGCAGACCUAGUGUUAUCAAUGUGCGGAAUUGUUGCUCAUGAGUGUGUAAAACAAAUUAUUUCUAUUAAUCAAAAAAAGAAAAGAAAAAUAUGGGUGCGAGAUUGGGUUGCCAGGCGAAAUAUUUUAGGCGGAUCAAAUACGUUGUUAACGGAGCUCCGAAUGGAACACCGAUCAGGUUUCAUGAACUUCAUGAGGAUGAGCGAUGGUCAUUUUGAUAUUUUAUUAAAAAAAUUGGAAAACCGUAUUCAAUAA